CCAACGCGCCGCACCGUUGUUGCCCAGCCGUGUGUCCCACUUCGCCCGCCUGCUCCAUGGGGAAGAAGAAGAUGAGAGGAGAAAAAAGAGAAAGAAAAAGAAAAGGCAAUUACUCACUGGCGUAUGGGACCCACUGGUCAGUGUAAAUCCAAACCAAAUAGGGGCUGAAGUUUAGGAGGUAUUGCUGAAGAUAAAGUUAAAAUAGAGACUGAAAAUUUUAGAGGUAAGCCCCUAAACAGGAUUUAGUGACUCUGUUUUAGGAGCUACCGCUGAAAAUGUUCUAAAAAAAAACAUAAACAGGCCGGGCCGGCCGAGGGGCUGAGGUUGAAGCCGAGGCGCGGCAUAGGCAGGGCCUCGGGCCGGUCCGUAGCCCCUGGUUAACUGGGCCAGAAAAUACGGCCGGCCCAUGUCCCCGUCCGAUCCCAGUCUCCUGUCUCCCCCAGCCUGUGCAGGAGCCAGGAGCACUCCUUGUGUGCGUGGUUUGGCCGGCCACCGGACGGGAUUACUAUACCGUCCAGGUUACUCCUCGAACAAAGCAAGUGCUGUCCUCAAAAAAAAAAGAAAAAAGAGCCAGGAGCACUCCCCUCGCCGCCCUCCAGUCUCCAGGCCUGCCAUCCCCUUCCUCGCCUGCUGCCGUUCUACCUGUACGCCGGACCGGGCCUGCUCUCCCCUUGCGGCCUUGAGCUAGGCUCCCGCUUCCGCCCCGUUCCGAUGGCCGACUCGGCCUUUAGCCUGCCUCCUAUCUCUUCCUCUACCCCACGCAUCGCCCGCUUCCUCCUCCCCCGCAUCCCUCGCCGCCGCCACCCAUCCGCCUCCCUGGCGAGGGACUGAGGGAGCACCUCCUGUUGUGUUGGCCUCCUCCCCCCGAAGUGACUUCUUCCGGCCGCAGCCGUCCAGCACAGCAGGGCUGAGGCAAUUCGUGUGGCGCCCUUUAGUCCACAUCGUGAGAGUUCAUCGAUGUUCACGAAUUGGAUGGAAAGACUGAAGAACAUGGCACACAGGGCAGCCAGAGGCGCUGUGGGAAACGUUUAGAACCUGCUCUUGUUGUGAGCUGAACGUUGAUUUUCUAGCACUGGAAGCUAGGUUGUGAGCGACUGAAUUGCAGUCCCUAGGAACGGUCUCAAGCCGAUCCAGGAUCUGGAUUCUUCGUCCUUUGUCAACAUAGAUUCUUCAUCCACCUACCACCUUACAAUAGAUUUUACGAGGCCGUCAAUAAAGCAGAUACCUCUGCCUCUGCCGCAGAAAUGAGGCAUGUUUCCCUUAGAAAAAGAUGAUUAUGCCGCGACGAGAGAGCUCACUCAAGCUUCGAACCUUUUUGACAUCUCUCAUGGCAUGGCAAGUGCUCUGGACACCUUAUGCGGUCAAGCGUUUGGCGCCAGGCAAUACCACCUCCUUGGCAUGUACAAGCAACGCGCGAUGCUACUACUCACCCUCGUCAGCAUUCCCCUGGCUGCCGUCUGGUACUACACCGGCGAGAUCCUGCUCCUGGUGGGCCAGGACAAGGACAUCGCCGUGGAGGCCGGCACCUAUGCCCGGUGGAUGAUCCCGGAGCUCUUCGCCUACGGGUUGCUACAGUGCCAUGCCUGCUUCCUGCAGACGCAGAACAUCGUGCUCCCGGUGAUGCUGAGCGCCGCCGCAACGGCGCUCUGCCACCUCGCCGUCUGCUGGCUGCUGGUCUUCGCCCUCGGACUAGGCAGCAAAGGCGCCGCGAUCGGCAACGCCAUCUCGUACUGGAUCAAUGUGGCCAUAUUGGCCGUGUAUGUGAGGGUGUCGAGUUCUUGCAAGAAGACAUGGACAGGGUUUUCCAUGGAAGCCUUCCAUGACCCGCUGAGCUUCUUCAAGCUCACGGUGCCGUCUGCUCUGAUGGUCUGCUUAGAGUGGUGGUCGUUCGAGCUCCUGGUGCUGCUUUCAGGGUUUCUUCCCAACCCCAGGCUGGAAACAUCGGUCCUAUCAAUCACCCUCAACACAUCUAACUGCGUGUUCAUGAUCCCCUUUGGCCUCGGCGCCGCCAUAAGCACCCGGGUCUCAAACGAGCUCGGCGCGGGAAGACCACAGGCUGCCCGCCUUGCUGUGCAAGUCGUUGUCUUCUUUGCCUUGUCGGAAGGACUGAUCAUGGGGGUGAUCCUCAUCUGCUUGCGCUACGUCUGGGGCCAUGCUUACAGCGCUGACGAGGAAGUUGUCACAUACAUAGCUAAAAUGAUGCUGGUGCUUGCAGUGUCUAAUUUCCUUGAUGGAAUCCAGUGUGUUCUCUCUGGCGUGGCUAGAGGCUGUGGGUGGCAGAAGAUUUGUGCCUGGAUCAACCUUGGCGCCUUCUACGCCGUCGGCGUACCGGCAGCCUACCUAGUAGCGUUCGUGCUGCGUUUCGGCGGGAUGGGACUUUGGAUGGGGAUCAUCUUGGGCACCGUAGUGCAGGUCUUGCUGCUCGUAACUAUCACACUCUGCAUGGACUGGCGCAAGGAGGCAACGAAGGCAGAGAACAGAAUCUUCAUUUCUUCUCUUCCAAAGGAUCUCCUCGAGAGAUGAACAUACGGUCAGCCGUGCUACUCAAGGCCUCAAGGUGGCGACACACAAAAGGGCCACACGCUAUGAAUAGACUUAGCACUGGCAUUUGUUUGGUGUUUGCAUAACAGUUCGGUGCGAAUUAUUUGUGGAUUAGCGGUACACUUUAGGCCCGUUUGGUAGAGCUGGGGUUUUGGGGACGGAAAUCUUCACGCCUAGGGCUGUUGGGGACAGCUGAUGUUUUUUUAAGAGGAAAUCUUCUGCCGGAUCUAGGUCCAACGGAACCUACCGCGUUAGAUGUCCAUCACAUAUUGAGAUGAGCAUAGUUUGUUUUAUAUUUCUGAUAAACAAUACACAACUGAUUAACAUGAUUAGAUUAUUGAGAGAACUUCAUAUUUGCCA